AUGGGUUUUGAGCUAUCCAUCCAUAACCUUGUUCUUUCCCUGUCUUCUCCUCCAUCAGAUUGCUGUCACUUCACUCUGGAUCCAAACACAGCAAACAGAACCCUCCAUCUGUCUGAGGGGAACAGGAGGGUGGAGUGUAGACCUGGGCUCCAGUCAUAUCCUGAUCAUCCAGACAGAUUUGAUAGGUCUCCUCAGGUGCUGUGUAGAGAGGGUGUGUCUGCACGCUGCUACUGGGAGGUUGAGUGGAGUGCAGGUGUUGAUAUAGCAGUGUCAUAUAAAAACAUCAGCAGGAAAGGAUGGGGUUAUGAGUGUAGGUUUGGAGGUAAUGAUCAGUCCUGGAGGCUGGACCUCACCAGCUCCAGCUCCUCUUUCUGGCACAGUAAUAAAGAGACUGAACUCACUCUACGUGUAGUGGCCAGCUCCAGAAUAGGAGUGUAUGUGGAUCACAGGGCAGGAACUCUGGCCUUCUACAGCAUCUCUGGAGACACAAUGACCCUCCUGCACAGAGUCCACACCACAUUCACACACACACUCUACCCUGGGUUUGGGGUAUGGAGUGGGGGAUCAUCAGUUAAGCUGUUGUGA